CACACUGGCCGGAGCGCGAGCGACGAGGAGGCAGAAAGAGUUCGCUUCCCGCCAUAUUUUCCGAAGCUGAAAUCGAACUGCGACCGCGAGAGAGAGGGAGAGAGAGAUGGGGCGAGCUCCGAAGAGCGCGGGGUCGAACCCUAGCGGCGGCGACAAUCCGGAGGCGGCGGAGCGGCGGAGGCUGAAGAAGCUCGCCUUCUCGAAGGGGGCGCUGUCGGAGGCUCCGGCGAGGUGCGCCGCCCCGCUGGGCCCUUCCAAGACGGUGCUGAAGCACCACGGGAAGGACAUCAUCAAGAAGUCCCAGCGGAAGAACCGCUUCCUCUUCUCGUUCCCGGGGCUUCUCGCCCCGAUCGGGGGCGGGAAGAUCGGGGAGCUCAAGGACCUGGGUACCAAGAACCCCGUCCUCUACCUCGAUUUCCCUCAGGGACAGAUGAAGUUGUUCGGGACAGUUGUAUUUCCAGAGAAUAGGUAUCUGACAUUGCAGUUCUCUAAAGGCGGGAAGAAUGUCAUGUGCGAGGAUUACUUUGAUAACAUGAUUGUAUUUUCGGAUGCCUGGUGGAUAGGGAAAAAGGAUGAGAACCCCGAGGAAGCACGUUUGGAUUUUCCUGAGGAGUUGAUUGAGGGCCAACAUCUAGAGCAUGACUUUAAAGGUGGGGCAGGUGCAACCAUUGUAGAUAAGCUACUGGGUAAUAGAACAGCAAAGAAAAUUGCAGAAGACCCCCAGAUUCCUAGAUCUCCAUCUGAAGAUGAUGUGUCAAAUGAUGGCAAUGAGUUGAAAGAACCAAUGGAAGUGACACCAGUUCGCCAGUCAGAGAGAAACAUGGGAAAAAAGUUAAGAUAUAUGGAGGUUUCUUCUGGAGAUGAUUCUAUCGGAAGUGAUUUGGGUGUGGCUGAUGCAGAAGAAGAAAAGGUUCCAGGUUCCUUGGUAGGACAAUCUAACAUUUACCAUCGAGAUUCUGUAGAAACGAUGGAACAAAGUGAAGACUGUUCAGUAUCAGCAACCAAGUCUAAGAAACGGUCUGUUACUUCAACCAGGUCCAAGGAAACCUCUCGUGCUAGUCAUGGUUCACUUGUUCAGGCGACUAUCUCUACAUUGUUUAAGAAAGUGGAGGAAAAGAAUGGAACCAGAAAAGCAGGAGAAAUCUCGAUCAGUUACAGUUUCUGGGAAGAAAGCAAGGAAGACUGAAUCAAAGAGGAAAAUUGAUCAGUCUCAGGAGGGACGAAAUAAAAAGAGAAAAGUGAUUAAAGGAAAAGAAAUCGGUGCUCCAGAGGUCCAGGCAAAAAAUGAAGAUUUCGAGGUUGAAGAGGACCCCAUUGAAGAGUCACCAAGCGCAUCACAGCAAUCUGAAAACUGCUGAUAGGAUGCUGGAAAUUGGUACUGAAGGAAGUGAUGCAGAGUGGACUGCUUGAGAUUGUAAAAGUGACUACACUUUGUUGCCCGAGGCAUACUUGAAGACAUUCAAGCGCGUCCCUUGAUUGCUCGCGGAUGUCUUAUUAUCCACAGUAUUCUAUACAGCCAAAGCAUUGCUGCAAUAACCAUAGCCAUAGAGUUACUUAUCUUCCAUCUUGGGAAAGGCCGUCUGUUAGAAUAGCUAGUAAGUUUUUUUGUUAUUGUUAAAGUAAAAUAAUGUAUACUAUAUCACUAUGUAAAUCGUAUAUACAACAGGUUAUUUUCACGGG